CCACUACUUGCCAAACGUCAAAAUCUCGCGUUCGUGUGCGGUCGCUUGUGCUCUGUGAAUUUAAUUUUUAAAAAAUCAGUACGCGACGUUUCGUAAGCUCACAUUACAAACGUCAAUUAAAUUUAAUAAGUGAAAACCCCAGGACGUGUGUGUUCAGUGCUAUUUAAUACGUUUAAAUAUUACAUGAAGAUGUCUUUCAAUACCGACAUAUCGACCAAAUUGGAGAACAGCAGGAACAGUUUGAAGAAAAUCGCACGCAACGACAACACGGAAUUCUCAAAGCAGAGUGUCAUGAACGACAUGGAGAAGUUCGUCAAAACGGUGAACACAAUGGAGGAGACUGUGUUGGUGCCGUGUCGGCUGAUGAACCUGUCUCCGGAGGGUGACGACGACCCGUUCAGCCUGUUCGCCAUGCUGAACGACUUGAAGACUGAGCUGUUGUGGGCGGGGGACGCGGAGGAGCAAAUAGAGCGUGGGAGGCGUAUCAGUGACAUCAGUGACACUGAGAGUGACGCGUCGAGUGCUGCUGGGGAUUCGGGGAUAGACGGGGAGGACGAGAGGGAGUCCGCCGCCCGCGCCGCAGCCGCAUGCCGACGUCACCUCCGAGGCCUUCGCCACUGCCUUCGCAACCUCACCGCCGCCGCCGCCCACCUCACAAGAUCCUACCAAGAAGAAGUGGGAGCACCCGUGUAAUUCUUGAAACGCUUUUUCGCCCUGUGAUUGAACUCCCCACACGUUUGUAAAUAUAUUAAUAAGCGGCCCACACUGUAAAUAUAGGUUAUAGGGCUGGGGCGUGUAUGGGAAUCUCAGUAAGUUAUGUGGUUAUUAUUUAAAUAAACUUAAUUUUCAUUA